AGGCCAUAAGUUUCUACUUAUCUGACACGUGUAUGCCCUCAAUUCCAUAUCCGAACGUGCUUUCUUCGCCUUUCGCCAUUUCAGAUUAGACCUUUAAGAAACAUAUAUAUUCACAUUAAAACACUCCGACAUCAAACAAUCACCAGAUCUAUGCUACCUACAACGCAUUGAAGAUCGAGAAACUUCUAGAAGAAACCGGGAGCUUCGCAAUGUCAAUGGAGGAGAAGUUGAUACAGCGAUUGGAGUCGGCGGUGACACGGCUGGAGGCGCUAUCAGCCACCGGCUUCCAUUCCGGAGGUUCCGUCGGGACAGGCGAUGAUACGGUGGUUUUAGAUCCGUCGAUUAUUGCAUUUGACGAUCUGAGGUCGGAGUUCCUCGGGAAGGUUACGAGUGCUGCGGAGAAGAUCGGAGGAAAAGUAUUGGAUAUUACUAAGAUUGUUGAGAAGGCUUUCUCCGUUCAGAGAGAACUUCUCAUUAAAAUCAAGGAAACUAAGAAACCAGACAACUCAGGUUUGGUUGAAUUUCUCAAACCUUUGAAUGAUGCGAUCGUGAAAGCUACAAGAAUGACUGAAGGACGGCCUGAUUUCUUUAACCACUUGAAGUCUGCUGCUGAUAGUCUAUCUGCUCUUGCAUGGAUUGCAUACACUGGAAAAGAUUGCGGCCUAAGCAUGCCUAUUGCGCACGUGGAAGAAGGUUGGCAGAUGGCUGAAUUUUAUAAUAACAAGAUUCUUGUGGAGUUCAAAAACAAAGAUGCAAAUCAUGUUGAGUGGGCAAAGGCUUUGAAAGAACUUUAUCUCCCUGGCUUGAGAGAUUAUGUUAAGAGCCACUAUCCAUUAGGUCCUGUAUGGAGUGCAACAGGGAAAGCUGCUGUAUCUGCACCAUCAAAUGCUCCUUCACCAAGUGCUCCUGCUCCUCCGGCUCCACCUCCAGCUUCUCUCUUCAGCUCUGAAUCUCCUCAGGCUUCAUCAUCACGCCCCAAGCAAGGGAUGGCUGCUGUUUUUGAUGAAAUUAAUUCAGGAAAGCCAGUGACUUCUGGAUUGAGAAAGGUAACAGAUGAUAUGAAGGCAAAGAACCGUGCCGACAGAACAGGCGUUGUUAAUGCUGGUGAAAAAGAAGCCCACAUGAGCUCACCCUAUAUCUCUAAAACUGGACCUGCAAAAUUGGAGCUUCAGAUGGGCCGUAAAUGGGUGGUUGAGAAUCAAGUGGGAGAGAAGAAUCUAGUUAUUGAUGACUGUGAUGCAAAGCAAUCAGUAUAUGUCUAUGGGUGCAAAGGUUCAGUUCUUCAGAUCAAAGGAAAAGUCAACAACAUCACAAUUGACAAGUGCACUAAGAUGGGAGUUGUAUGUGCGGGUGUAGUGGCAGCUUGUGAGGUCGUCAAUUGCAAUGGUGUGGAGGUGCAAUGUCAGGGCUCGGCUCCUACAAUAUCAGUUGACAAUACAACUGGGUGCCAGUUAUACUUGAGCAAAGAUUCUUUGGGGGGUUCUAUUACCACAGCUAAGUCAAGUGAAAUCAAUGUUAUGGUUCCUGGUGCAGGGCCUGAUGAUGAUUGGGGUGAGCAUGCUUUGCCACAGCAGUAUGCUCAUGUAUACAAGGAUGGACACUUUGUGACUACUCCUGUCUCCCACUCUGGAGCUUAACUGGUGAAAGUUUCUACAUCCAGUUGUUUUACUUUUUAUUUUAUUUUUUAAAUCUUUUUGUUUACUAAUUUGAUUUAUUGGAGAGUUGAAAGAUGGUCGAUUCUUUUUUAUUUAUUUAUUUAUAUAUUACUGUUAAGGUAUGUUUUGUACCUUGUGCCAUUUCUUUUUCCUGGAGUUCCUGUUGGCAGUUUGUUCAAAGUAAGGGGUUUUGUGACUUUUCUGUUUGUCACAUUUUUUGUUAUUUGUAUGAGAGCUUGACCUUUUAAAGCUAUCUCUCUUUUGUGGAAUAUUAUAUAUUUUUCACAUCUA